AUGGCUGCCGCAACCCAUUUCUCAAAAGGAUCAUUUGCCCUUGCGUUGGCCCUGUUAUUAGUAGUCAUUGCCUCUGCGGAAAACUACAACCCUGCUACUUCCACCACUACUUCUUCAGUAGUCAAGCCUGAUCAUGAUCGCGAACCCGCUAAUUACAACAGUUAUUUUUCGACGACAGAGUCGAAGAAGCAGCUGAACUCGAGGAUGCACCAAUACGAACAGCGAGAAGUCGAACAUCUACCGAAAUCAGGAAAAGGGUACCGUUCGAAAUCGGAGCUUGUGCAUCCUCAUGAUCAGCCGCGAAUUACCAGCGACGACAUCAAGGCAUUGGCCCCGGAAGCAGAGAGGCCAGAGGUUCGCUUCGGGAAGAAAUCGACCUACAGAGCGUAUGGUUCAAAACCGGAAGACGUGUUUGCCAAUGGUGUGGAAGGCGUCGUAGCUUGCAAAUCGGGAUCCGACUACUACCCUCUUCACGGAGCUGUGGUGAGAAUAACUUGCUCGGGAGAGGAAGAAGAGUCGCGGUGCUCAACGGACGCGAGGGGCUAUUUCUUCAAGAAGCUGCCGUACUAUGGUAAACUAAAGCCAGAGCUGUGCAGGGCCUUCCUGGAGAAAUCUCCAUCGGAGAAGUGCAGUGUGCCGACGGAUGUGAACAAGGGCAUCAACGGGGCCAAACUUUCUUCGUACAGAAUCCUCCACGACAAGCGGGUCAAGCUUUACCCUCUCGGCCCGUUCUUUUACUCCUCCAAGUAUGGUCAGCAGCAUCAACUUAGUGCACGGCAGCAACAAGUGUCCAAAUCCCCCGCCGGCUACUGA